CGCCGAAUUAAAUGUCAAACUAGUACGGACUUGCUAAUUGAUAUUGUGUGUUUGGCGUUGCGGUGUAAAACAAAAAAUCUAAAUAAAUUGCUCUGAAUUACAGGACAAAAGCUUAAAAAUGUGGAACGAUCAAUCCGCAGUUGGAGGAGGAUUUUUCAAUUCACCGAGUCAAUUUGGAAAUGUAACCACACCAAAUCAGCAACAAAAAACUGGGCGCCGGGCUUCUCGUACUGCGCCGAUUGUUAUAAGGCAGGCACUCCACUGUGGUGACGAUGGUGUGAAGAUAUGGGGUACUGAAAUUCAAAUAGUGUCAAUAGUAGCCCGUGUGAGAAAUAUAAGGAUGCAAAGUACAAAAAUCACCUACACAAUACAGGAUAUUACAGGUAGAAUGAGAGCUGUGUUGUGGCUGGAUCAAGAUGCUAUGGAUGAAGAUGACAAAUCAGCUCCAAAAGUACAAGUAAAUGACUACAUACAGGUUUAUGGCAAUGUCAAAACUAAUAAAGGGAAGAAAGUUGUUAUGGCAUUCAAGAUUAUGCCUAUAACAGAUGUGAAUGCGAUUACAUUUCAUUAUCUGCAGUGCAUUAAUAAUAGGGUCAAAAUGGAAGCUGAAUCUAAAAAGGAAAAAGUGGCGAAUAACAAUCCCACACAAAAUGGUGCCAGUUUACCAGCUAACUCUAUGGUUGGUGUGAGUGAUGCUGGUUCUGUGAAUGGUUUGAAUCCUCGCCAAAUGAUGGUUUUUAACCUUAUUCGAGCAUCCACACAGGAUCAGGGCAUCAGCAAACAAGACAUGUAUGUAACACUGAAGGACCGUAUGUCACAAGUAGAAUUUGAUAAUAUUCUGGAGUGGAUGUGUGGAGAAGGUCAUAUUUAUUCUACAAUUGAUGAAGAACAUUUCCGUGCUACUGAUGCAUUCUAAAAACUUUGAUAUUGUACAAAUAUCAAAACCAAAUGGAUUUAUAAUAUACUGGAUCACUCCUGCCUUGUUUACAAAUAACUGUGUUGUCUUGGCUGCUUAAAAAGCAAUAAGCCCAGUAAUAAGGUGUCAAAGUUACUGAUAACACUUAUCAUAAAUUGUUAUUUUGUAUAAUAAAACCAAUACUUUAAAAA